AAUCUCACAUCGUCUUCGUCUUCUUCUACUCAUACUUAUGUUACUUCUUCCUUUUCCUUCUCACCAUCGCCAAACCCGAUAAUCCCAUAUCAUCAACCGCCGAAUCUUCUCUUCCUCUUCGCUUCCAACAAUGCCUGCCCAGAAGCGCUGUUCGCCGGGAAAUUCCCACGAUGACGACGACGGUGAUGCAGAGCCCACGCUUCAUCCCAGGCCCAAGCAAUCUCGGCCCGAACCUCACCCUAAGGACGACCUGGAACUUCUUUUACGACGCCAUGAAGAACAAGGACUUGAUGAGGAAACUGAAGAAGAAGUAGAAGAAGAACAAGUGAAACAACAAGCGUUGGAAGACGACGACGGCGACGAUGAUGAUGAGGAUGAAGAGGAUUCUGAGGGAACUCCAUCUUCGAGCUCUCAGCUAAAACCAGAUUUUGUCUUUGUAAAACUGCCAGAAAUACGUAAGGAUGUGCAAUGUCCGAUUUGUCUAGGUAUUAUUAAGAAAACACGAACUGUAAUGGAAUGCCUACACAGGUUUUGCAGGGAAUGCAUUGACAAAUCAAUGCGAAUGGGGAACAAUGAGUGUCCUGCUUGCCGGACACAUUGUGCCAGUCGACGAUCCCUGAGAGAUGAUCCAAACUAUGAUGCCCUUAUUGCAGUUUUAUAUCCAGAUAUUGAGAAAAAGCAUUAUUCACUGUCACUUUUUCAGGAAUUAGCAUUUCACGAAGAGGAGAAGACUCGAAAUAAGCAGAUCCAAGCAUCAAUUGCCCAAAUAUUUCAAAGACAAUCAGAAGCUCUAAUUAAGAGACGCACACUUGGGAAAGACACACCAGAUACAUAUACAGCAAGGACACAACGCAUUCAUCGAAAUUCUUAUUCAAGGAGAAGAAGUAGCCGAGCUGUUGAGCUUCAAGGAUCUGAAGACAAUGAGGAUGGAAAUGAUAACAAUAUAGGCAAAGGUGAAUCUUCCAAUGAUGAGAGUCGUAUAGAAACCAGACAUAGACGACGCAAGAGACAAGCAGGUACUCGGUCUUCUCAGCCUUCAUCAUCAGUGGCCAAUUCAGAUGGAAACACUGAAAAUGACUUGGAGAUGAAUGGAGAGAAACGGGGAAUUUCUCCUGGUAUUGCAUGGAACUCUGAAAUACUUGCUUGGGGAAGGGGUGGUGCUCGUAGUAACACUCGUCAUGGAAGUGCUGGUGGUUUCAACAAUAAAAGUUCCCGAAACACUCGUUUAUCCAAAUUGGUUGAUUACCUUCGGAGCUUAGAGGAAAACAGUGAUGAGUUAGAAUUACAUCUCGUGCUGAUUUCUCUGGACAAACAGAGUACGCCCAGUUUGCAGCAGUCUCACCUUUGCUGUCGGCCAAGUUUGUCUGUUAAACACCUAUGUGAAUAUGUCGCACGUCAGACACCUUUGAAAGCCGAAGAAGUCGAAUUUUUGGUGGUUAAAGGACAACAACCCCUCCCCAAAGAUGACAAAACAACCUCAGAUACAGAUUCAACGUCCCUGGUGGUGGUUGAUCCAUGCAGAGAUGACCUGCAAGUUUUGGAAGCAGAAGAAACUUUGGCUGGGGUCAAAGCCCAUUGCAGUCCGAGUCCGGGCAAUUUGAUACUCGGGUAUCGGCGGAAGGGAGUCUUUUAACACAUUUCAAGGCUUUUUCGACACAGAUUGGUUCUGCAUAAAAUAUAGUGAAAAAGGUUGUUUAUAAUUCAUUACUGACAAGGGUCGAGAGUUUAGUGAUAAUAAUAAAUGUGGUGCUGGAAGUAGAAGAUUUACUAAGCACAGAGAAUCAUAAAAUAAUAAUUUUACAAUGGAAAUUCAAAUUUUAUAUUUGCUUA